ACUGUCAUUCUUUUAUCUCAUAUUCUUUUUCAGACUAUUCUCUUGUGGAACAAGCAAAGAAGGUGAAUCCCACCUUGUUGAGUGGAAUGAGAGUGAAGGAGCCAUCAAGAGGACAUAUUUUGGUUUUCGGAAACGUUCUUUAGGUGUUGUGCAAUUUGACACAACAAGAAACCAUUUCUUAGCUGCUGGUGAUGAAUUUCAGAUAAAGUUCUGGGACAUGGACAAUACAAACAUGCUUACUUUCACUGACGCUGAUGGUGGAUUGCCUGCAAGCCCCAGAUUAAGAUUUAACAAGGAAGGGUCAAUGCUAGCCAUUACAACUAGUGACAAUGGAAUUAAGAUCUUAGCAAAUAAUGAUGGGCAGCGCAUGCUGAGAAUGCUAGAGAGCAGAGCAUUUGAUGGUGCUCGAGGUUUUUCAGAAUCGGUCAAUGUCAAACCUUUGAUUACUGGUGGAUUAGGUCCAAUCAGUAAUGCUUCUGCCUCUGUUGCUCCAAUCCUGGAACGUACUGACAGAAUUCAACAACCAAUGUCCCUUGGCAAUCUGGUUACCAUGGAAAGCAGCAGGGUUGCUGAUGUAAAACCAAGGAUUUCUGAUAGCGUUGACAAAAUCAAAAGCUGGAAGUUUCCUGAUAUAGCUGAUUCAUCUCAACUCAAGACUCUGAAGUUACCUGAUCCUCUAACAGCUAGCAAAGUACGUUUUGUAAUUGUUGAAAAACAGGUUCUUUUUUGGUAUUAAACGAGAGAAUUAUAU